AUGAAACUUCCAUAUCAGCUCAUUUCAUGGUGUUUACGACAAGGAAUUGCUACUCAAUUACGAUCUCCCCGACAGGAUCUACACAAUGGAUAUCUUAUUGCUGAACUUUUGAGCAAGUUGUACCCAGAGCAUUUCAAGAUAGUGCAAUUUGAUAAUCAGAGUUCUGCGACCGUGACAUCAAAGAAUUGGAAUAGAAUCGCUGCAGUUGCUCCCAAGAUAAAACUUUCCCUCACUGAUACAGAACUUGAGGCAUGCAAAGCUGGAGACGAACAGGCUCUUGUUUCUAUAUUGAAACGUGUUCACACCUUGCACACGGGGAAAGAUCUGGCAGAGAGCAAGCAAUCGACAAGACCAGUAUCAACAAAUGAGGAUAGGUCGCUGACUAAGGGUCCUGUCUCUAAGCUUGGGGUGGCAUUGAACGCCAACCAUCAAAAUCAGACCAUCACUCAGGACCCUCUUAAAUUUCUUGUAACGCGGAACCUCGAUAACAUACAUCAUACAUCUGCUCAUGAACAAACGACCUUUGCCACGGCAACGAACCUUUCAACCAUCUUGGUCCAUGGUGACGCAGAUGGACUGAAUGCUGCCAGCUCCAGACCAAACAACUCUAUGCUGUCUAUGCGACCAUCCACGGCUGCCGUUGAUAACGAUGAUAUGGCCUUUAGGAUGAAUCCUGGUGCUACAGGUACAUCCAAUGAAAAUAAGCUGCCGAAGAAUGUCCCCAAGUUUGUGCGAGGCGUAUAUAUCUCGACACGAAGACUCCUCAUGGAGUUGUCGACAGCCUGCAAGAAUGCAAUUACAUCUCUUCCAGAACUUCAGAACAUGCUUGAGAUGAUUGAUCCACGGGUGGACACCAUCUAUCCAUUUAUUAAUAUAUGUCUGCGCGUUCCUUCAGAAAAUGCAGUCGAGCUUUUCGACGCCUUGAUCCUUGAGCUGAAGCCGUUUACAACUCUCUUGGUUGAUCAAAUUUCCGCCAAUCCAUUUCUCUUUUGGGAACUCCUGAAGUUGCUUGUCUUAUCCUCCAUCAACUUGCGGAGGGUAACUGGCCCAAAAGCGGAAUUUCCACGGCAGGCGACUGAAUACCUGUUGCACCUGAUUGCAGAGCUAGGCCGGUCUUCUCCGUCAUCUCUUGCAUUGAUCUUCAGUCACAUAAUUAAAACUAGAUUGAUGCACGUGAUCGAUUUGCGUGAGUUCGGACUUCACAACUUUGUGGAUCUUUAUAUGGCAUUUUUGCCGAUCAUGGAGCAUGAAUCGGCGUUAGACAUAAUAACAAAUAUUAUACAGCUUGCUGACAAUAAUUUUAGAGAAAAGUCUGAUGGCCAAUAUAUGAUCAAUCCCAGCAAGUUGCGGCUUGCUGUUUUAACCUCUAUAGUUUCUGUCAUCUCCGGCUACUUCAUCAAGUUCUCCCAUGAUCCACGCUUUAUGCUAUAUGGAAUGUUUGUGUUACCAUUGAAGCAACAUAUUGGAGAAAGUAAAGAUGACCGCAGCAAGUCCAGCAGCCCCGUUAGGUUUUCUGAGCGUGAUAACAUGCAUGCAAGCACAGGAACUGCCCAGUCCUGCAGCGAGUAUAGUGUUUCCACUGGAUAUGGGGUCAUGGUUCAAGGAGAUAACGAAGAAGAGAUGCUCUCUGGCAGAGAGCUUUUGGAGCAAAUGUUAUUAGAUAUUCUCUAUGUGAUUAUCCGCGUUCUAGUGGGGUCUGAGAAUUUAUUGAUAGAUGAAAGAGUCAUCGUUCUGGACCUUCUGUUCAGGUGCUGUGCAGCAAAUCCCCAGGAGCUAAUGCCCCAUGCAGAACCCACUAUUCUUGUUAUCUUUGAGUCCAUUGUUAAUCGCACAAAGCCAUGUAUUACGCUAGUCUCUGAUAGUGACGAUGUAGAAGGGAACACACGGUCUUCGCACCAGCCUUAUAGAGUAGCCAACGUUGCUCCAAACUAUGGAAGCACUAAACUGACAUCUCUCUGCGCUGGGACUGACCUACAGACAAUCCCAGAAGAGGGUAGUAAGAAAACCAGCCUAUCUGGUGGUAAUCCUGCUACCAAGACCCCAAGAAGAGCGUCAAUUGCUUCGUUAUCUGUUCCAGAGACUCACGCUAUAGUAGAUGGUCUUCACUCCUCCACGCACACAGCCUCGCUCGGGCCGUCAGUUAGCGUAGGCGCCAGUCAAAUAAGUAUAGUACCAAGUGACCGCCACAGUCCAAUUGCUGUGAUGAACACGGUGGCAUCGGAACGGAGUGCAACGGAAACAUCGCCCGAGCAUAGUGUGGAGGGCAUGGUAAAGGUUGAGACGCAUGGCAUAAAUUGUCAAUAUGAUAAUAUACCCUACCUACAUUAUGAAAUGCUCCUUUCUCUAGUGCUCAUCCUCCGAAGAUAUGCAUCUCUGUGUAUCAAGGAUCAUUAUGACACGCCCUUAGUCCUCGUCUCCUAUGACUUGGAAAGAGCCAUAAUGGACUUUCAUGAGCGUCUCUCUCCUGUUUCUCUCCUCAUUGGGAUCCUGAGCUCAACCGGUAGAAACAUGGACAUGAUGAAGCACAUUACUCCCUUCACAAUACAGACCAUUCUCGACGAUCCGGAAAAGGCUGAGGCGUACAAUGAGACAUUGCACGUCCUUAGGUGUAUUAUGAACGUUCUCAUACAGUCUCCUGAUAUGACGGAGAUUGUCUUUGCCGCCCUCGACGGCAAGGGAGACUUUGAGCAAUCUAUAGUUAGCUAUCCACCCCAUUGCUAUCUAAAGAUCGUACAGGCUCUAUAUCCCGGUAGUGAGCUUAUGGAGAUAGUACCUGCGUUGCUAUGUGUCGCCGUAACGUAUUCAAAGGAAUUCCUUGCCAACAAGAGUAUCGAUCCAAACAAUUACUUCAUAGCCAUCGCACGUCUCAUAGAAUUCAUCCCGGACAUAAGCUGCUUCGUCUAUGACCACCUCAGUGACGAGCUCUUCACCCAGAUUACAGACCCUCGAGUAAGUGAGACAGCAAGCUCUCUGUUGACAGACCUCUUGAUCGAGCUCGAUAGCAUGGUCGACGAGCAAGAACUACAAGCCAGUAUACACGCGUUAAUACAGUACGCUUUCAAUAGCAACGAGGUCCUAUUGCCUACCGCGCGAAAAGCGUUUUCUGGGAAGUUCAUGGAAGAAUGUCAGCAAUCUGUAAUAGCCUUUCUCAAUUCACUGACAAUGGUCCCGACGGCACUAUCCCUGAUGAAGGACAUUCUCAUCAAGACAGAUUCCGAAGACUAUGGAAACGUACACUUGGCCAAGUUCAUUCGUUCAAUCUUAGAAGAAAGCUCUGUUGGAGAAGACUGA